UGAUAUUAGGUGGCCAGUUAUGGAAGCAACGCUCCAUACUAUCAACAAAUAGAGCUCCAGAUACUUUUCCGAGGGCUUAAGAACGUACAGGGGACUGCACGUCAAGCUAGAGCUACCGACGGACGGCUUGCUUUUGAGAUUACGUUUGAGCCGCCAGUGCUCUGAUAUGCUCUCCUGGUUCGUAGGACACGAUGAGAGAGUCAUCAAAAGAGGGGGAUCAGGCUAUGGAAUCACCACUACUGCUAGUUCCGUUGCAUCUUAUGGACAAGGACCUCCUUCAAGUACGUUAAAUCGAUGGCACGGUAUUGGCAAAGGUCCAGAGAUUGCUGGAUCGACUGGCGGCUUUAUUGGACUUCUUUCGGGCCUUGCCAUAUUUAUCCUUGUUGCAGUUAUUGCCGGUAUCUACGUCUAUAACCGAUAUCGCAAACGCAUACCUCCCAAAUCAUCAAAUUCCUUUAUUUUUGGGAUUUUUUCCCCCCCAAAAAAACCUAUCCUUCCAACAUUAUUCCUGUCCCGCCCUUCCACAGAUCCUUAUGCUCAAGGUCCCUCUGCCUUGGAGCUCAAUGAGACACCAAAAGCUAGCAACUUCGGUUACGCUUUCACCCGUCCGGUAUAUACUCGGCAGAGGAGCUCAGAUUGGGAUCUGGUCUUCGAUGGAAGUCCUAGUCCGAAUUCCCAGCGUAAUGAGCGGUCAAGAGGAAGUAUGGAGAUAAACAUGCCCGGCGAACCUGGAGAGGCGGUUUGGCCGAUAAGAAAUAUUCACCACAAAUCCGUCAGCCCAUCACACAGUACGUCAAGCUCAACGUCAACAUCAUCUACACAGAGGGAGAGAGAGCGGGAACGGGAAUAUCGAGAAUACAGGGGAAAAGGGAAGGCUCUUCCUGAACACCGAUAUGAUCCUUCGUUCUCGCGCUCUAACCCAUUCGAACAUCCACAUUACGCCGCAGAUUCUAGUAACCUUUCAGCACGUGAUGGUCAAAAUUCCAGAGGGCGCGAGCCCUUGUUGAGGACGGAUAGUGGUGAUGCUUAUGACUCGGCGGACAUGGAAUAUUGCGAAGAGAAAACCCCCCGGAUACAGCAACAUGACGAAUAAUCGUUGCGUGAGAGUUAUCCAAUCAUAGGCUUAACAAGACUGCCCUUUAUUCUGCCAGUUGUGAUUCAACGUCAGAUGAGGGUGGAUAUUCUUGUUUUCGCGCUAAAAGGAUAAACACUUACAGAAAUACCUGUGGCAAGCACUUGAUAAUGUAUCCAGUGACGUAAUGUGGUGAUUGGACAACGCCGCUACUCAAUCACAUCAUCUUCAUUCAUCUCUUCUUCUUGCUUUUUGAGAUUUCUCGUGCCUGCAUCAUGCACUACAACAAAUCGAGAGUGACGAUGAGCGACGAAGGAGUUACUCUUACGUGCUAUUGAACCCCAUUGUCCUCAUUUGGCUAUCAGCAGCAGUGUCUAGUUUAUUGAAUUCAGCUAUGUUACGUCAUCAUACAUCUCUGACGGUUCAGUGCUGGCGUAAUAAUAAGUCGCGUUCGUGCUGCUUGCCGGCUCGCUGUUCGUUCUCCUUUUCUUCAGCCCCUACCCAAUCUUCAGUCUUCAUCAUCUAGAUGAGGAUAUGGAAGCGAUUAUUCGGAAUUUAUUCAGCCAUACAUAAGGAAGAGAUCUGUCAGAGACUAUACUAUAGGAAGUGUGAUAGCCGGUCCGGUAUAUGGCGGGUGCGAAUCACACCAUUGCUCGCGAUAGUGCCUAGGUCGUUAUAUUCUCGCUGCCUAUCAUAGAAACUACAAUGCUUAUGAUUAUCAUCAUCUGCAACGAUCAGCUACAUGUGAAACGCAAGUUCGCGAUGGGAUACGCCAAGUUAUGCCCUAGCACUCAAUUUUAUGCCUUGACGUGACUUGCAGGUUCUAAGUUCGCAACGAGAAGAUGCCAUUUCAUACUUUGUCACUUGAUUAACCAUCGAUAUUAGUCCUUAGUGACUUAGCACCUUCAUCGAAUACAAAUCGUGCCAUCAAGCGUGCUUGGAAAAUAUCUUUUUA